AUGAUCUAUGGACGCAGUUUGUUUCACAUUAUAGCAAGUUUAAUCAUCCUCCAUUCUUCUGGAGCAACAAAGAAAGGAACAGAAAAACAAAUCACUUCGGAAACACAGAAGUCAGUGCAGUGUGGAACUUGGACAAAACAUGCAGACGGAGGUGUCUUUACCUCUCCCAAUUAUCCCAGCAAGUACCCCCCUGACCGAGAGUGUGUCUACAUCAUAGAAGCUGCCCCAAGGCAGUGCAUUGAACUCUAUUUUGAUGAAAAAUACUCAAUUGAACCAUCUUGGGAAUGCAAAUUUGAUCAUAUUGAAGUUCGAGAUGGACCUUUUGGCUUUUCUCCAAUAAUUGGAAGGUUCUGUGGACAACAGAAUCCACCUGUAAUAAAAUCUAGUGGAAGAUUUCUGUGGAUUAAAUUUUUUGCUGAUGGCGAACUGGAGUCUAUGGGAUUCUCAGCUCGAUAUAAUUUCACACCUGAUCCCGACUUUAAGGACCUUGGAGUUUUGAAACCAUUGCCAGCGUGUGAGUUUGAGAUGGGCGGUCCUGAAGGAAUUGUGGAGUCGAUACAGAUUCUGAAGGAAGGCAAAGCUUCUGCCAGUGAAGCCGUGGAUUGCAAGUGGUACAUCCGAGCCCCGCCACGAUCCAAGAUUUACUUACGUUUCUUGGACUAUGAGAUGCAGAAUUCAAAUGAGUGCAAAAGGAACUUUGUAGCCGUGUAUGACGGAAGCAGCUCGGUGGAGGACUUGAAGGCCAAGUUCUGCAGCACCGUGGCUAACGACGUGAUGCUGCGCACGGGCCUGGGGGUGAUCCGCAUGUGGGCGGACGAGGGCAGCCGCAACAGCCGGUUUCAGAUGCUCUUCACCUCCUUUCAAGAACCUCCUUGUGAAGGCAACACAUUCUUCUGCCACAGUAACAUGUGUAUCAACAACACUCUUGUCUGCAAUGGGCUCCAGAACUGUGUGUAUCCCUGGGAUGAAAACCACUGUAAAGAAAAGAGGAAAACCAGCCUGCUGGAUCAGCUGACCAACACCAGCGGGACGGUCAUUGGCGUGACUUCCUGCAUUGUGAUCAUCCUUAUUAUCGUUUCUGUCAUUGUACAGAUCAAACAGCCUCGUAAAAAAUACGUCCAAAGGAAGUCAGACUUUGACCAGACCGUUUUCCAGGAGGUGUUUGAGCCUCCUCAUUAUGAGUUAUGUACGCUCAGAGGAACUGGAGCCACGGCUGACUUUGCAGAUGACUUUGAGAAUUACCAUAAACUGCGGAGAUCAUCUUCCAAAUGCAUUCAUGACCAUCACUGUGGAUCCCAACUGUCCAGCGCAAAAGGCAGCCGCAGUAACCUCAGCACAAGGGACGCUUCCAUCUUGGCAGAGAUACCUACCCAGCCAGUUAAGCCCCUCAUCCCACCCGUGAACAGAAGGAACAUCCUGGUCAUGAAACACAACUACUCGCAAGAUACGGCAGAUGCCUGUGACAUCGAUGAGAUUGAGGAGGUGCCCACCACAAGCCACAGGCUAUCCAGACAUGAGAAAUCCGUCCAGCGGUUCUGCCUCAUUGGGUCUCUAAGCAAACAUGAAUCUGAAUACAACACAACUAGGGUCUAA